GCGGUUGGGAAGCGUGGCGCACUUGUACUCCACUCUCUUCCUACGUGACUGAAACGGCGAGCGUGUUGCAGGGAGCCGGACGCAGCGCGAGGCGCUCCGGUGUUAAACAUGGCCCGUUUGCUUGCACACUACACCUCUUUGGCAGUUCGACGAACACCCGCCAGAUUAAUUCCGUCCGCAGGCCAUCGACAGCGACUUUGCCCAGUUUGCACAAAUUCAGGCACAAGCUCUCUUACGCGAUACGAUGACGCGCAAGUGGCCACAGACUGGAAGAAGAGGUUGACCCCAGAGCAGUAUGUGGUGACCAGGGAGAAAGGUACAGAGGUGCCGUUCAGUGGGAUCUACCUGAACCACACGGAGGAGGGAAUGUACCACUGUGUCUGCUGCGACACACCCCUCUUCAGCUCUGCAGCCAAGUAUGACUCCGGGACAGGUUGGCCAUCUUUCUGCGAGGCCCAUGGAACAUGGGAACAUGACGAGAGCCAUGCCAACAUUCUGCGUCGCCCGGACAACUCGCUGGGCAGUGAGGCAACAGAAGUCAUCUGCAAACAGUGCGAUGCCCAUCUUGGUCAUGUGUUUGAUGAUGGACCGGAUCCCACCGGCCAGCGGUUCUGCAUCAACAGCUUGGCUUUGAAUUUCAGACCCAAAACCAACAAACGUAGCUGUGAUAUGUAACACACCGAAGAGUCCAACAUCUGUCUAUGUGCAGUAAUAUGAUGGAGCUGCCAAUAUUUGCUCUACAGUCCAGACACAAACCUCACGUCCCACAAUAUUAGUUUUCUAUAAUUUCUCUAGGCUGUUCUUUGCAGAUUGUUGUUUGCUAUUUUGUCACAAACUACUUCACUACAAUAAAACCAUUUGGACAAAAUAUGAACA